AUGUUAAAAGACAAAAUAUUUCAAGAGUCACACUCUCCUUGGAGUGCACCGGUACAUCUAGUACCAAAGAAACUAGAUGCGUCCGGAGGGAAAAAGUGGAGAAUGGUCAUAGACUAUCGACGACUAAAUGACAUUACUACUGAUGACAAAUAUCCUUUGCCUAAUAUUAACGAUUUAUUUGACAUGUUAGGUAAAAGUUUAUACCAAAGCUUAUUGAAGCCAAAGCAUCAGAUUUGGCUAAUAUGCUCAACAGCAGAUUCCAAGAAGUAUUAA